AUGUCCGCGGCGGGCGUGUCAGGCGUGUACAUAGAGGAGUGGUGGGUGGAGAGAUCACGAUAUAGGAAUACGGGGAGUGGUGUACAUGGCGUGCUUGGCGGUGAGGGGGCAGGGAGGAGGUGGCGGACAAGGUGCGGGGGACUUGAAGUUGCAUGCCAGCGGAUUGCCGCAAUGUGUCACAUGACUCUUUGCGAAGGAUCCGGCAACCGCCACGUCACGCUUCGAACACUGUUACCUUCCCACUUACAUUCCGCACUUACUGCGCGACCUCCUCGCUCAGAGCACCAUCCUCUCGCAAUUGACAUCUUCUGGCAUCGUCUCGACCUCCACUACCAGCACAAGUUCCCCCGCCUCGGCUUCAUCCUCGUCCGCCGGCACCGCCUCCACAGGCUCGCUCUCCUGCUCGGGUCUCUCUACCAGCACCAUCGUCACCACGGCCGUCUCCUGCUCGUGCUCGCAAUCUUCCUCCUCUACUGUGCGCGCAACUGGCAGUUCCGCCCCGACUCCGACUCUGAGUCCAUCGCGUCCGCGUCAGGGCUCACCCGCCAGAUCAGCGUGCCCUCCGCCGCUGUGUCUGCGUACGCCCUGCCGGGGAGCACGACGGCCGCGGCGUUCAGCAGGCCGGGCGUGUCGGGGAGCGUCAGGCGACGGUUGUAUAAGACUGGCCCGGCCACACCGGGAAUGACCGCGGGGUCGGCACUGAGGGACGACGACCCGCUCAACUGUGUCGGUGCCGACACGGCCUUUCAAUUCGGACUCCAGGGACUGGUCACCAGCGCGGAAUGUUCAGGUGACAACGGCUGGCGGCGAGCUCGUUGUGGCCAAACGCAGGUCUGUCCCGUCAAGGCCCUUGGCCGGCAAUGGUUGGUCAUCCGCGGUGAAUUGGCCGAGCGGCGGGGAGGCGCGCCGACCAUCUUGUAUCUGCGACGCGUAACAAGGGAUACAUGUCACGGCGCCGAUAGCUUGUAUGGCGAUGGCUUUGCAGCGGACGGCGGAGGCGUGUUCGUGACUGAGUUUGCGCACAAGGGUAUUUUGGAUAUGGUUUUUCAACUGCUCCUCGGUGCAGACCGUGCUGCAGAGCAACACGUCCAUCAUGAAGCUGCUCGGGGACCUCACCGUCUUCAUGAGCGGCCGCUGGUUGUCACGAACGAGCUCAUACGAGGCUCGCGCAUACAAAGCAUUGUUGACCAAUGUAAGGUCAUGUACGCUGUGCUCGCCUAUGCGGUGUGUGUUGUGAGCCCGCCCACGACAAAUAAAAUGAGCAGAAGGCUCCUAUUCCGCAAUAACACUAGGCAAACGGGCGUGGCUGGACGGGUGGGGCGUGUGGACGUGGUGUUUGCGAGGGUGAAGGUUGGAAGAUACUACGCAGAUUGUGGGUUAUUUCCUGAUGCAUCAGGAAAAUACCUCCCUGAGAAUUCCCUGGUAACGCUAGAUAUUCUCAGAAAUACUCCGAGACGCGGAGAGCCCAUAGUACUGACCAGUACGCAGGCGUCGAGUGAACGGUCACGCUGCGGCGCGUGGCGGCGUGCGACGCGAACGGAGAAUAAUGGGACCGCAACUCGGUGUCGUCGUCGAACACGUCCUCGUCCUCCUCACCUGCCUCGAUGGACCAGUUGCGCUCCUACUCCGGACACGCGAUUGAGUACGCGGUGGAGUAGUGGUGGUCGCCGUGGCUGGUGCCGGGGCAUCGCGAGGCGGAAGUCGCGGGAGAUGUCCGCGGCGGGCGUGUCAGGCGUGUACAUAGAGGAGUGGUGGGUGGAGAGAUCACGAUAUAGGAAUACGGGGAGUGGUGUACAUGGCGUGCUUGGCGGUGAGGGGGCAGGGAGGAGGUGGCGGACAAGGUGCGGGGGACUUGAAGUUGCAUGCCAGCGGAUUGCCGCAAUGUGUCACAUGACUCUUUGCGAAGGAUCCGGCAACCGCCACGUCACGCUUCGAACACUGUUACCUUCCCACUUACAUUCCGCACUUACUGCGCGACCUCCUCGCUCAGAGCACCAUCCUCUCGCAAUUGACAUCUUCUGGCAUCGUCUCGACCUCCACUACCAGCACAAGUUCCCCCGCCUCGGCUUCAUCCUCGUCCGCCGGCACCGCCUCCACAGGCUCGCUCUCCUGCUCGGGUCUCUCUACCAGCACCAUCGUCACCACGGCCGUCUCCUGCUCGUGCUCGCAAUCUUCCUCCUCUACUGUGCGCGCAACUGGCAGUUCCGCCCCGACUCCGACUCUGAGUCCAUCGCGUCCGCGUCAGGGCUCACCCGCCAGAUCAGCGUGCCCUCCGCCGCUGUGUCUGCGUACGCCCUGCCGGGGAGCACGACGGCCGCGGCGUUCAGCAGGCCGGGCGUGUCGGGGAGCGUCAGGCGACGGUUGUAUAAGACUGGCCCGGCCACACCGGGAAUGACCGCGGGGUCGGCACUGAGGGACGACGACCCGCUCAACUGUGUCGGUGCCGACACGGCCUUUCAAUUCGGACUCCAGGGACUGGUCACCAGCGCGGAAUGUUCAGGUGACAACGGCUGGCGGCGAGCUCGUUGUGGCCAAACGCAGGUCUGUCCCGUCAAGGCCCUUGGCCGGCAAUGGUUGGUCAUCCGCGGUGAAUUGGCCGAGCGGCGGGGAGGCGCGCCGACCAUCUUGUAUCUGCGACGCGUAACAAGGGAUACAUGUCACGGCGCCGAUAGCUUGUAUGGCGAUGGCUUUGCGGCGGACGGCGGAGGCGUGUUCGUGACUGAGUUUGCGCACAAGGGUAUUUUGGAUAUGGUUUUUCAACUGCUCCUCGGUGCAGACCGUGCUGCAGAGCAACACGUCCAUCAUGAAGCUGCUCGGGGACCUCACCGUCUUCAUGAGCGGCCGCUGGUUGUCACGAACGAGCUCAUACGAGGCUCGCGCAUACAAAGCAUUGUUGACCAAUGUAAGGUCAUGUACGCUGUGCUCGCCUAUGCGGUGUGUGUUGUGAGCCCGCCCACGACAAAUAAAAUGAGCAGAAGGCUCCUAUUCCGCAAUAACACUAGGCAAACGGGCGUGGCUGGACGGGUGGGGCGUGUGGACGUGGUGUUUGCGAGGGUGAAGGUUGGAAGAUACUACGCAGAUUGUGGGUUAUUUCCUGAUGCAUCAGGAAAAUACCUCCCUGAGAAUUCCCUGGUAACGCUAGAUAUUCUCAGAAAUACUCCGAGACGCGGAGAGCCCAUAGUACUGACCAGUACGCAGGCGUCGAGUGAACGGUCACGCUGCGGCGCGUGGCGGCGUGCGACGCGAACGGAGAAUAAUGGGACCGCAACUCGGUGUCGUCGUCGAACACGUCCUCGUCCUCCUCACCUGCCUCGAUGGACCAGUUGCGCUCCUACUCCGGACACGCGAUUGAGUACGCGGUGGAGUAGUGGUGGUCGCCGUGGCUGGUGCCGGGGCAUCGCGAGGCGGAAGUCGCGGGAGAUGUCCGCGGCGGGCGUGUCAGGCGUGUACAUAGAGGAGUGGUGGGUGGAGAGAUCACGAUAUAGGAAUACGGGGAGUGGUGUACAUGGCGUGCUUGGCGGUGAGGGGGCAGGGAGGAGGUGGCGGACAAGGUGCGGGGGACUUGAAGUUGCAUGCCAGCGGAUUGCCGCAAUGUGUCACAUGACUCUUUGCGAAGGAUCCGGCAACCGCCACGUCACGCUUCGAACACUGUUACCUUCCCACUUACAUUCCGCACUUACUGCGCGACCUCCUCGCUCAGAGCACCAUCCUCUCGCAAUUGACAUCUUCUGGCAUCGUCUCGACCUCCACUACCAGCACAAGUUCCCCCGCCUCGGCUUCAUCCUCGUCCGCCGGCACCGCCUCCACAGGCUCGCUCUCCUGCUCGGGUCUCUCUACCAGCACCAUCGUCACCACGGCCGUCUCCUGCUCGUGCUCGCAAUCUUCCUCCUCUACUGUGCGCGCAACUGGCAGUUCCGCCCCGACUCCGACUCUGAGUCCAUCGCGUCCGCGUCAGGGCUCACCCGCCAGAUCAGCGUGCCCUCCGCCGCUGUGUCUGCGUACGCCCUGCCGGGGAGCACGACGGCCGCGGCGUUCAGCAGGCCGGGCGUGUCGGGGAGCGUCAGGCGACGGUUGUAUAAGACUGGCCCGGCCACACCGGGAAUGACCGCGGGGUCGGCACUGAGGGACGACGACCCGCUCAACUGUGUCGGUGCCGACACGGCCUUUCAAUUCGGACUCCAGGGACUGGUCACCAGCGCGGAAUGUUCAGGUGACAACGGCUGGCGGCGAGCUCGUUGUGGCCAAACGCAGGUCUGUCCCGUCAAGGCCCUUGGCCGGCAAUGGUUGGUCAUCCGCGGUGAAUUGGCCGAGCGGCGGGGAGGCGCGCCGACCAUCUUGUAUCUGCGACGCGUAACAAGGGAUACAUGUCACGGCGCCGAUAGCUUGUAUGGCGAUGGCUUUGCGGCGGACGGCGGAGGCGUGUUCGUGACUGAGUUUGCGCACAAGGGUAUUUUGGAUAUGGUUUUUCAACUGCUCCUCGGUGCAGACCGUGCUGCAGAGCAACACGUCCAUCAUGAAGCUGCUCGGGGACCUCACCGUCUUCAUGAGCGGCCGCUGGUUGUCACGAACGAGCUCAUACGAGGCUCGCGCAUACAAAGGUGA